AACCUUACUCCCAUACGAAACCCUAGCUCUUCCCGUUUCUCACGGUUAAAAAAGAAACCAAAAUUGCCUUUUAUUUUCCGCGAAAUCGAACGAACAAUUUUGUGGAAAAAAGAAAUUUUGAUUGGUUUGGGAUCCGAUUCGCAGUCCGAUUUACCGAAACCCUAAUUUUGAUUUAGGGAUUGUGGCGAUUAUAAAGGUCCUUAAAGGGAGUCGAUUUCGUCAGAUAAAGUGAUGCAGAUCUGAAGUUGUGUCUAUGUUUAUGUGAUGGCAUUUGAACCUUGGGGAUUUUGAUUCUGGGUUUUCGUUUUUAGCUUAGCUUUCAUGGAAAAUAGUUUAGGGAGCUCUAAUGGAGUGGGAGUUUCGAAGAAGUCGAGGUCUUUGGAUCUUAAGACGCUUUAUAAGUCUAGCAUUACCAAUGAUUCUGUGACCAAGAGCUUGAAGAGGAAAAAUAGUCCUGAUCGGUUGAAGCAGGACAAGAAGAUCAGGAAAGUUGUUUCUCUAAGUAGCUUUAAGCAAGUUGAUAGCGAAGACGAUAAGUUGCUUGAUAAUGCAUGUAAUGGCGCCUCGGUUUUGGACAGCUUGGAGGACUCCAGUGAGAAGUUGUGUGAUGAUAAUGGGCUUCAAGGGGUUUCAGUUGGUUUGGCAGAUAGCAUGGUUUAUGUGCCUAGACGUAAGAGGGAUUUUGUUGGGAAGAGUAGGUUUGAUAAUGGACUUGUACAGAAGUCUGCAGGGGAAUCUGAUAGUCAGGAGGAGCUGCUUGAUAAGCUCCUCAAGGAAGCUGGUGAAGAAUCUAGUGCUCAGGAUCAGCUCUGUAAAGCGGAAGAGGAGGAAUGUGGCAAAGAGAAAAAAGAAUCUGAUUCAAUAGCUCGGCUGCAGUUGGAAAACGGGCAUUCUGAUCCGUCUCCAGUGAAAGAUGACCAGCUGGUCGUUAAGAAAAAACCCUGUAAUAGCAGAAAAAGGAAGUCAUCAGCAUCAAACAGACGUGCGGGAAACAACGAGGCGAAGUCUCCAUCUGGUAGAAUAUCCAAGGUAUCACAAGAAGAUGACGAGGAGAAUCUUGAAGCUAAUGCAGCAAGAAUGCUGUCUUCGCGCUUUGAUCCGAACUGCACACAGUUUCCUUCGAAUCCUGUUACUCCUGGUUCACCGUCUGCCAGUAGAUUGAACCCGUUAUCUUCUGGUAAAAAUUCAGCUGCUUCUCAGUCUGAGUUGUUUAGUUCCAAAUGUGCCUCAGACGACCCUGAUGAUAGAUUGUUGCGACCAAGGAGAGAGCUUGAUGGGAAGAGGGAAGUUCGGAAAAGGCGCCACUUUUAUGAAAUAUCAUUUUCAGAUGUGGAUUCACACUGGUUGUUGAACAAGCAAAUAAAAAUUUUGUGGCCUUUGGAUGAGAAUUGGUAUCAUGGCUUUGUGGAUGGUUACAAUGGAGACAAGAAUCUGCAUCAUGUAAAAUAUGAUGAUCGCGAUGAAGAGUGGAUCAAUUUACAGGGUGAAAGAUUCAAAAUUCUGUUGUUCCCUGCUGAAGUUCCUGGAAAAAUUCUACGGAAAGGGAGCAGUUCAGAGACCAAAUCUUCUCCGAAAAUAAAAGGGAAUGAUACAUCCAGUAAGGGCGAGGAGAAGCUGAAGGUAAAGCUAGAAGAUGAUUGCUGCAUGGGCGACAUGGAAUCAGAACCGAUCAUCAAAUGGUUGGCUCGGUCUAUGAAUAGGGACAAGUCUUCCACUCUUAAGGCUGCACGAAGACGGAAAAAAUCAGAAAUAAUUACAUCUGAUGAACCUCUGAAAAUGAAUGGGGAUGUUGUUAGGGACACUGCAGGUCAGUACGCAGAUAGAUCUGCUGGUUCUCUUACAUCAUGUGGAUUACCUGGACCUAGUGGGAAUGAGUCCUCGUUGGAAGGCUCUGGUUUUUGUAAGGGUAGCAUAUAUCCUAUUGUCUAUUAUAGGAGACGACUUCAUACAGCAAAAAAAGGAUUCUACAAGGGGUCAGGUGACAAUAGUGUUGAGCAGCUUCGUGUCUCUAAAUAUCCGGAUCCUGAUGUAGAAUUUUUACCUUUCGAAGGUCCUGGGCUUUUGGAGAUUUAUUGUCCGUGGAAUGACGGAGUGCCAUUGGAGUUGUCCCUUAGCGUACAGGUCGUUUCGUUGAUGAACUACUUUUUUUGGGCGGAUGUUGACUGGCUUUCACGUGUUACUCUUUUGCUUCAUCAUGGUACACUUGUGAGUUUGUGGCCACGGGUUUGUUUGGAAAUGAUUUUCAUGAAUAACCAAGAUGGGUUAAGGUAUCUAAUAUUUGAAGGCUGCAUAAUGGAAGCUCUGCAGUUGAUUUUCCAGAUCUUGACGGUUGUAGAUCAUUCUAAUAAGCAAGGAGUACAAGGAACGGAUGCUGACUUGAAUUCGCCAGUUUUCUCAAUUGGUCUCCAAGUUUCUUUCAUCCCAGGCUUUCAAAGGCGGUUCUACAGUUUCCAUGAAGUGAAACAUUCGAAGUGGUCAAACUUGGAACAUAAAUUCAGGAGGCAUUCUUUGCUGGUUAAGCAAGUGUCAACUUCCGAGUGUACACCCGAUAACAUGAAGGCCCUGCAGAAGGUUAUGCAGAAGAGAUCUAGGCAUGGAAUCAGCUCAGGCUUUGUUUCCAGAAGAUCGUCUCAAAGGCAAGAUCUAGGGUCUAAUUCUGCAAACUGGAUGUCAUGCAGCUCUUCUGUUGUCAGACAUAAGCACGAAACCAGGUCUAACGUUGCCAUGAAUGGCAUUGAUAUUCAAGUUCCAAUAUCUGAUCAUUGUGAAGAUGGUGCGCUGCAGUCAAGUAAUCUGGCCUUGAAUAUUCAAAGCAGCACCUCAAGUCCCAAGGCCACUGCCCCAAGAAGUAUGUGGCAACGAAGCAAAAGUUCUUUAAAUGGCCAUCUCUCACAUGGUUGGUCGGAUUCAAAGGGAGACUUUCUGCACUCUAAUUUGGGAAGUGGACCUAAGAAGCGACGUACCCAGGUGUCAUAUUCAUUACCUUCUGGGGGUUCAGAUUCGAAAAACAAAGGUUCCCUGCACAAGGGGCUUCCGAACAAAAGAAUUAGAAGGUCUGCUGCUGAUGUUUCCGUACGUGGUCAGAAAGAUUUGGAGUCUAGUUUCUGUGAUGCCAAUGUGUUAGUCACUCUUGGAGACAGAGGCUGGAGAGAAUUUGGAGCUCAGAUUGUCCUGGAACCCUUUGAUAAUAACGAAUGGAAACUUGCGGUGAAAAUCUCAGGGACAACAAAAUACUCACAUAGGGCACAUCAAUUUCUCCAGCCUGGGUCGACAAAUAGGUUUACACAUGCUAUGAUGUGGAAAGGAGGAAAAGAUUGGACCCUAGAAUUCCCUGAUAGAGGCCAGUGGUUUCUUUUCAAAGAGAUGCAUGAAGAGUGCUACAAUAGAAAUACUCGGGCUGCUUUAGUUAGAAAUAUUCCUAUUCCUGGCAUCCGUAUGAUAGAAACAGAGAGCUCUGAUGGAACAGAAGCUGAAUUGAUCCGCAGUUCUUCUAAAUAUUACAGGCAGACUGAAACUGAUGUUGAGAUGGCAUUGGAUCCUUCACGUGUUAUGUACGACAUGGACAGCGAUGAUGAGCAGUGCCUUGCGAGAAUUCGCGAGUGUUCGGAUGCUGAGAAUUGUGCCUCUUGUGAGAUCACUGAGGACGUGUUUGAGAAGGCGAUGGACAUGUUUGAGAAGGCUUCAUAUGUAAAGCAGCGUGAUCACUUUACCUUAAUCGAAAUUCAAGAACUGAUGGUCGGAGUUGGAUCCUUGGAAGCAAUGGAAACAACAAUAUAUGAGCACUGGAGAACAAAGAGGCAGAGGAAGGGAAUGCCACUAAUUAGGCAUCUUCAGCCACCUCUGUGGGAAAAAUAUCAACGAGAGGUUAAAAACUGGGAGUUGGCUAUGAGCAAAGCAAACCCUCCAAGUGAGAAGCCAGCGAUGUUUGCUUUCUGUUUUAAGCCUCGAGGUUUGGAAGUCAAGCACAGGGGAACAAAGCACCGUUCACACCAGAAGAAACUAUCGGUUUAUGCUCAUCAACAUAGUACUACUGCUUUGGGAAAUUAUGAUACCUAUAAUUCAUCUGCAGGAAGAAGAUGUGCUGGUGGUCUGGCCUCUGGAGAGGAGAGGUUUGUGUAUUCAAACCACAACUACGAGCAUUCGGAGGAAUUUCUGAGUCAUCAUCAUCAUCCUGGGACGACGUAUUCUCCACGUGACCUAGGCAUGGGAUAUUUCUCGAGCGGAUGUCACCAAAACAAGUCUCGAAGAAUCAACGGGAAGAGGAAUAUGAGUGAACGGUGGAAUGCAAGAGGCUAUUAUGAAUCCUCCCCCGGUUCCAAUCUUGUUUGUCUUGAUGCGGAAGAGUUACAUAGCAGUAGUAGUAGAGAUACUGAUGAAUACAAAUUGCGAGAAGCAGCUGGUGCUGCAAGGCGGGCAUGCGCUAUAGCCAAGGCGAAGCGAGAAAGGGCAGAGAGAUUGAGGUACAAAGCAGAUCUAGCGAUCCAGAAAGCCGCAGCUGCUCUCAUGUUUGCAGACUGUAGUAGCAUGGGGACGGGAGACGGCACGGCAACGUAAAUAAAAAUCAUUUAAAAAAAUAAAUAUUAAAUUUCUACAGAACCAUUACUAUGUUUUAGUUUUGAUCAGCUAGGGAACAAGGUUUGAGUUGAAUAUCAUGUUGCUAUUGUAGCCGUCCAGUUCAAGUUAUAACAUUGCAUCUUGUGUUAUAGAAAGAUCGAACUCGGAGUUCAAGUAAAAUGGUGCUGAAUGAUGAUUUUA